CUCCCCGUCUGUCAUUUGACCAGGCAGUUCACAGAGGCGAGAGCUCAGCACCAGAGAGAAAGCACAGGCAGGGAAAAAAAACGGAGAGACAGGGAGAAGAGAAUACAUGUUCAGUGUAGGGGUGAGCUCGCAGGAAUAUUUCACCGCCUUUUAAAAAGAAAAAAAAAGACAACAACAAAAAAACAAAUCCCCUGUUGGUGUGGAUUUCCUCUUGCCUGCUUCUUUUGAGGACUGCCAGUGUCUUGGAUGUGGGCUCCAGCACUGUUAAUAGUCAACUGAGGAGAAAAAAGAGGAGAAGGAGGAGGAGGAAGAAGAAGAAGAUCAGCUGACACCUUUUUUGGAGAUUUACACUUUUGCUGGAGUAAAGCUGAAAAAGAGAGGUGGGGGGGAUAGAGACUGACUGCUGGGCCCCAUGCCCACCUCUGCUCAUGGUUCAACAGCAUGAAAGGGGGCCACCACCAUCACCAUCGCCACCACAGAGGCUGUGGCUGCCAGCACUUGUUCCGAAAAAUCCUAGUUAAGUGUGGCUGCUGCUAUGCCAGAGUCAGAGACUCGUACUCAGCAGCGGGCAGCGAGGGCAGCAUUUCCACCUCUGUGGCAUCGCUGCCACCGCAGCCUUCAGGCAGCUCGGCCCCCAGCUCACCGAGCUCCAGACGCUCUGUUAGCGCCCUGACGAAGUGGCUUACCAACCCUGUGCGCAAACUCAGCACUGGAUCCACCGUCAAGGGGGACCGCCAGGUCCGGAAACUUGAGGGAAAAACUCCACCUCUUUCAUCCCAGAGCCAGAACCAGAGCCAGGACCUUUUCAGCCCAGUGAGGCCCGAUGAAGCGUUUACCAUUCUACCCGUCACCCACAGAGAACAAGAGUGGAAAGAUGGCCUGGCCAGCCCUGAGGACCUGUCGCCAGAAUCCCUGCAACCAUCUGGUUUCAUGACUGCCUUGCCGGUGGAUUUCACAGCACUGCCAAACACACAGGACACCCAGUCUGCCGGUCUUCCGCCCAAGGACAGUGAUUCUGUCUUGAUGGACGACACCUCCAGCCAAUGGUCCGCUGUGGCUGAGACCGAAGAGGAAAGGAGAAGUGCCUUCGAGAAAAGCAUGUAUGUACUGAAUGAGCUUAUAGAGACAGAGAAGGACUAUGUGGCAGACCUGGGGCUCAUAGUGGAGGGCUACAUGGCUACAAUGAGUUCCAGAGGUGUUCCAGAGGGUAUGAAAGGAAAGGACAAGAUUGUUUUUGGAAACAUUCACCAAAUAUAUGACUGGCACAAAGACUACUUCCUGGAAGAGCUGGAGAAGUGCUUGGAGGAGCCAGAAAACCUGGCUCAGCUUUUUAGUAAACAUGAGCGACGUCUCCAUAUGUACGUUGUGUACUGCCAGAACAAGCCCAAGUCAGAACAUAUUGUCUCAGAGUACAUUGAUACCUACUUUGAGGAGCUCAGACAGCAGUUGGGACAUAGACUGCAGCUCAAUGACCUGCUCAUCAAACCUGUCCAGAGGAUCAUGAAGUACCAGCUUCUGCUGAAGGACCUUUUGACGUAUUGUGUCAAAGCUGGGAAGGACACUAAAGAGUUAGAGAAAGCGGUGGAGGUGAUGUGCUUGGUGCCAAAACGUUGCGAUGACAUGAUGAAUGUGGGCAGAUUACAAGGCUUUGAGGGAAAUAUCACAGCCCAGGGCAAGCUGCUUCAGCAGGGAACUUUCACUGUCACAGAGCAGGACAGUGGCUUUCUAUCUCGAGCCAAGGAGAGACGAGUCUUCCUGUUUGAGCAGCUGGUAAUCUUCAGUGAGCCCAUUGACAAGAAGAAAGACUUCUCCAUCCCUGGAUACAUCUUUAAAAACAGCAUCAAGGUUAGCUGCCUGGGGGUGGAGCCCAGUGUUGAUGGCGACGAUACGCGUUUUGCACUGACCUCACGAAACCCAGAUGGGAGCGUGGUGCGGUACCAGCUGCAGGGCUCCUCCGCUGAGAUCUGCAGAGCCUGGGUUAACGACGUGGGUCAGAUCCUGGAAAGUCAGCGCAACUUUCUUAAUGCCUUACAAUCACCAAUUGAGUAUCAGCGACGAGAGAGCAAGUCCAAUAGCCUGGGCCGCAGCAUGAGGCCCCCUCUGUCUGCUACGAGCGCCCUGAGGCCCCACUCAUCUGCCUCCAUCGACCGCCACAAACUUCCCUCCCUCCACUCUCACAACACCUCUCUGCCAACGCUCUACCUGCCGAGCCAAAGCCAGAGCCAAGGGCCGAGCGAGAUGGUCUCGUUGAGGGGUGCCACUCCGGUCCCUGCUGACUCCCACACUGCUUCACCAUCACACGUCCGACUGGGUCUCUCCGAUCAGUCAAACUGUCCAGCUGUAUCAAAUGGGCUGUACACCCCGGCCACUCAGGGUGCACAGCAGAGAGCAGUAGAGGGUUUCUACAGAGGCUCUCCUUCUGAUGUGGUGACCCAGGCUUCUCUGUCAGGCCCCUCAGCCGGACGACGUCCCAGCAACCUAGCCCAGCUAGCCGAAGACGACCUGUGAACUCUUCUGAGUCAGGAGGACAACAGCUAACUAACGCUGUGAAUACACCACUUGUGUACUUGUUCGCACACCUGAGGUGUAUGCUUGUUGCGGGACUUCCUAGGAAACUGAAGUAUAAAGGAGCAGUGGGCUAUAUAUAUCUAUAUAUAUAUGAAUAUAUAUAUAUAUAGAUAUAUAUAAACUGCUUGGCUCCCUUUUAGAGAGCCACUUAAAAGGGAGGUGAUGUGGCCUUGAUCACCUUCAGUGAACAGCGAGAGCAUCCAGCGCGAUGCUGUUAGGCUCAGAAUUAUAAAACACUCCGUGAUAUGACAA